AUGAAUACAGGGUCUCCAUCUCUGGGGGCGUCAGCCAGAAAAGCUGGCUUGACAAAAACUCCUAGAUGUUCACAUUACAACAAUCGUGCAUGCAAGUUCUGCUCGGAAGUCGAUGCCCUUGAGGGCAGGAUACAUCAAGCCCAGCUAUUGCUUUCAGAUCUCUUUGAAGCUCACAGAGACCUCAUGAGCCUCGACAACGACGUCCACGAUCCCAUGAGAAACCUUCCACCUGAAGUUGUUUCCCUUGUGUUCGUCUUCUGCACUACGGCGGGACAUCCAGCAAAUCGAGAAUACGAUGAAAACACCCGACGUAAAGUCCAACCACCUCUCUUGUUAGGCGCCGUUUGUCGAAGGUGGCGCGAGGUCGCGUGGUCAACACCCGCUCUCUGGACCAGAAUCUGUGUUGUAAUCAGAUCAGUUAAUCCUCAUUGUCAAGUAGGAACCGCCGAACGAUGGCUGUCGCGCUCGGGACAACUCCCUCUUUCGAUUCAUAUCCGCUUUCCAGCUGGAGAUAUCUUGGAUCCCCCAUCCCCUCGGCCUCAUCCCAUCAUCCCACUUCUCAACCGAUACUCGAGUCGGUGGGCAGAACUAGACAUCGACGUCGUUUCUUUUGGACUCCUAAGACACCUCUUCGGCGAUUUGAUCGAAGGAGCCUCCAUUUUGAAAACCCUUAGUAUCGGCCGGCGCGCAACAUAUGCUCGGCCAACCGCAGCCUUCAGUAUUCGAAACUUCACUCCAUCCCCUCACGUCGUUAAAAUCUACAGCAUUUCUUUCCGGUUGAUAGGAAUCAGUUGGGCCAAUGUCACUCAUGUCGAACUGGGCAUGAUUUUCAUCGACGAAAGCUAUCAGCUAUUCCGGCUAGCGCCUCAACUCAUGAAUUGCUGGUUCAAUCUGGUUGAUGAAGGUGCCGGCGGUUUUGGGAUGCCUGACGACAUUGUGGUCCUUCAGCACCUCCAAAGAUUGAAAUUAUCGGAAUUCUACUCCAAGCCCUUGGUGGAACCUUUCUUUGCCCAGUUAGGUUGCCCGUCGCUAACAAGUUUGGAAUGGGGAGGAGUAUACGACGUCAGCUCACUGCCUCCGUUUUUGGCUAGGUCUUCUUGCCCCCUGACUUUCAUUGACCUGUCCGGGGUUGGAGGCACCGAGGAAGAGCUCAUCAAUCUAUUCUACGGAACGCCAUUCGUCACGACUCUGAAACUCUGUUUCGUCCCUGCAGGGGACGCAUUUCUCGAACUCCUCGCUUCUACUGUGUUCUCUUCAGUUGACAGCGAAGACGAAUCAACAUUCCUACCCAACCUCCGAAGACUAGAAUUUCGAAACGAUAAACAUUUUUCUUGGAGUUCUGUACCUCCGAUAUUCCGCUUGGAACCCCCUUCCCCUGACUCGAUUCGCCGACCGCUUGAGUCCUUGAGCCUUGAUAAGUAUUUUGAGCUCAACUGGGACCCGAUCAUCGAUUUCAUUGAUGAAGAGACCCUGUCCGAGAUCCUGCGCAUCAGAGAGCGCGGAGUUGAGCUCAUCAUGAUAGCUUACGGAUUCGGUGGGGUGGAUAUCGUUAAGGCAUCCCUCGAACAUCACCGCGAACAGAAAAGGAAGCGAUUGCUCAAGAAGACAGCACCUUGA